AUGGAUAGGAUUAGUCCGUUGCCUGAUUGGGUACUGUUGAGGAUACUGUCGUUUCUGCCUAGUACAAAAGAUGCCGUGUCCACAAUGGUUCUGUCAAAACGGUGGCUGCCGCUUUGGAGGAUGGUGCCAAAACUCAUAUAUGAUGAUGAUAGCUACAAGGAUAUUGAUUAUGGAAGAUUUUUGCGGUUUGUAGACUGGUCUUUACUUUUGCACAAGGCUCCAAUUCUAGAAACUUUGCAUUUCAAACUUGGUCAAACCUGUAGUGUUGAAGAUAUUCCGUUAUGGACUAGUGUUGCUGAUAACCGUUCUGUGCGUGAGAUGAUAAUCAAGAUUCGCAGUUCUUCUAGUGCAUCUCCAACCAUAAUUCCAAGGAGUUUCUACACUGGCUGUAGGAUCUUGGUGACAUUGGAACUAAAUGAUGUGAUUCUUGUGGAUGCUUCUUCCCCAAUUUCUUUCCCCUCUUUUAAGAAGUUGAGCCUUAAAUCUGUGAAAUAUCCAGGUGAUGAUUUUCUCAAGAGGCUUUUAUCCGGUUGUCCUGUUCUUGAAGACUUGGCUGUGGUGCAAUGUGCAGAUGACAAUGUCACCACUUUCACUGUAAGAGUGCCUUCUCUCAAGAGGUUACUCUUGGAGAAAUCACUUGAGGUUAAAGGUGAUGGAUUUGUGAUAGACACUCCUUCUUUAGAGAGCUUUGACAUUGCUGAUGAUUCUGAGGCUGGGUUUUGUCUUAUUGAGAGCCCAAUGCCUAAUAUUGUAAAGGCAGAUAUUACUGUCGCUUUUCAUCCUGGGAAUAUUCUGAGUUUUGUUACGUCAGUCAAGCAUCUCGCUUUAUGUAUGGCAUCCGCGAAGGGUGCCGCACCCUGGGUGCGGAUGCGUAUGCUGUUGGUAGCGUCUUCCACCGUCUUGUACGUUUAG